AUGGAGCAACAGAACUUAGCAGUCUGUCAAGUAGGACAUCUCAACACCAUUCAGGUGGGAAGCAGCAGGGGAUUCUCAGGAAGUGGAGUUCAGAAGUGCCCAGGUAGGCUCAGCGCAGAGCUACAGCAACACUUCCAAGAGCGCUUCCUUCAACGUUUUUGCAACCAGAUCUGCACUCUGGAUCUUCAGGAACAGAACUUGGAUCAAUGCACCAAGAAGCCAAUCCAAGGCGUGGCGAUCCCGGAGCCAUCCCUAGUAGGCUUUCCAUCACAGCUGCAGAGUUGGAGGCUGUUCACCUUGGAGGAUGUGACUGUGCAUUUCACCCAGGAAGAAUGGGCACUGCUGGAUCCUGCCCAGAAAGCUUUGCAUAGAGAAAUCAUAGAGGAGAUCAAAGGGAUUUUGGCAUCUCUUGGUGAUGAAUGGAGAAUCAGGGAUAAAAGCAUACCAAAUACAAACCAAAGAUUUCGCCUAGAAGGGAAGCCGUACAGAUGCUCGGAAUGUGGAAAGGCCUUCGCGACGAAGACGAAUCUUACCACGCACAAAACAACCCACACGACUGACCACCUGCAUAAAUGCCUGGAAUGCGGAAAGUGUUUCACCCAAAGCGCACAACUGAGCAGGCAUCAAAACACUCACACGGGGGGGAAACCGUACAAAUGCCCAGAUUGUGGGAAAAGCUUCGUUUGGAAGGCAAAUUUAGAGAGGCACCAGAGGACCCACACAGGGGAAAAGCCCUUUAAAUGCUUGGAAUGCGGAAAAAGAUUUGUGGAGAGUUCGGCCCUGAUUACGCACCAAAUGAUUCAUAUGGAGGAGAAACCGUACAAGUGUUUGGAGUGCGGGAAGUGCUUCUCGUCGAAUACGCACCUAAGCGUGCAUCAGAGAACACACACAGGGGAGAAACCGUACAUGUGUUUAGAGUGCGGAAGGAGCUUCAGCGAGAGCAGCAAUCUCGCUUCCCAUCGCAGGACGCAUAGUGGGGAGAAACCCUCCAAAUGUUUGGAAUGCGAAAAGUGUUUCAGUUCAGAAAGACACCUCAGGGUCCAUCAAAGAACCCAUACAGGUGAUAAACCCUACAAAUGUUCAAAAUGUGGAAAGAGUUUCCGCAUGAGCAGUAACCUCACCUCCCACCAGAGAAUUCACACCGGUGAGAAACCCUACCGAUGCGCAGAGUGCGGCAAAUGUUUUACUCGCAGUUCUGAUCUUGUCAAACACCGACAAAUUCACACGGGGGAGAAGUCGCAUGAAUGCCCCGCGUGCGAAAAACGUUUCACUUGCCGUUCAGAUCUCCUGAAACACAAAAAAAUUCACACCGGUGAGAAGCCUCAUAAGUGCUCCGAAUGCGGGAUAGGCUUUGCUCGCAGCUCGGACCUGAUCAAGCAUAAAAAAAUCCACACGGGAGAGAAGCCCCAUAAGUGUCUGGAAUGUGGGAAGGGCUUCAUCACGAGGACCAAGCUGAGCCUGCACAAGCGAAACCACACAGGAGAGAGGCCGUUUCCAUGCCAGGAGUGUGGCAAGUCUUUUAUUCAAGUCGCCCAGCUGAACCGGCAUCAAAAAACUCAUACCGGAGAGAGGCCAUAUAAAUGUUUGGAAUGCGGCCAAAGCUUCACGCAGAGUUAUUCUCUUACUACCCAUCAGAUCACGCACACGGGGGAGAAACCGUACAAAUGCUCGGCGUGUGAAAAAUGCUUCAGUUCGAGCACGCACUUACGGAGGCAUGAAAGGACACACACAGGAGAAAAGCCGCAUCAGUGCUUGGACUGUGGAAAGUGCUACAGUGAGCGGGCCGAACUAAGCCGACAUCAGAGAUCGCACAGCGAGAAGAAGCCGUAUCAAUGUCUGGAAUGUGCGAAAAGCUUCACGCAGAGUUCUUCUCUGAUUACCCAUCAGACCACGCACAUGGGAGAGAAGCCCUAUAAGUGUCUGGAAUGCAUGAAGUGUUUCAGUUCAAACACACACUUGCGCAGACACCAACGGACCCAUACGGGGGAGAGGCCCUACACAUGCGCAGAAUGCGGAAAGUGCUUCACUUCCAACGCACACCUCUGUCGCCACGAGCGAACCCACACCAGGGAGAGACCGUUCAAAUGCCCAAAGUGUGGGAAGAGUUUCAACGUCAGCAGCAACCUCGCCUCUCACCAGAGGAUUCAUACCAACGAGAGACGCUACAAAUGUGCAGAGUGUGGGAAAGGCUUCCUUCGCAGCUCUCACCUAAUCAUACACGAGAGGAUUCACCGGGGAGAGAAGCCGUAUAAGUGCACGGAGUGCGGGAAGUGCUUCAUUACGAAGAUCAACCUCAGCACCCAUGAAAAAAAUCACACGGGGGAGAAAUCAUACAAAUGCCUGGAGUGCGGGAAGUGUUUCAAUUGGAACGCGCACCUCAGUACCCACCAGAGAACCCACACGGGGGAGAGGCCUUACACAUGCUCUGUGUGUGGGAAAAGUUUCAGCGUGAGCAGCUCACUCGUGACCCAUCAGAGAAUUCACACCGGGGAGAAGCCGUACAAGUGCUUGGAAUGUGGCAAGUGCUUCAGUUCAAGCACACACCUUCGCAGGCAUGAAAGAACACACCUCAAAGAGAGGCUGGUCAGUGCAUGCUGAUAAGUGGGAUGAGAGGAUAAUGUUCAGGAAUCACUAAAUUCUUACCAGAAAUACAGAAAAGGAUCAACUCUCCGAUUGCUGUUUUAAAACUGCAUGUGGUGGUACUGCAUAAAAAAGAUCAAGUCUCUUUCAAAUUAAGCUCAAAGCUGUGGAUUUCCCUGCAGUAAGGUAUGGCUGUGAGAGUUGGACCAUAAGGAAGACUGAGCGCCGAAGAAUUGACACUUUUGAAUUGGGGUGUCGGAGAAGACACUUGGACUGCAAGGAGAUCAAAUUGAAGGAAAUCAACCCUGAUUGUUCUUUGGAAGGACAGCUACUGAAGCCGAAGCUCAAAUACUUUGGCUGCUAAAUGAGAAGACUUUCAAAUAAGAAGAGAGAAGAGUGGAAAAGUGACAUUAGGAAAGACUGAAGGCCAAAGGAGAAAAGGAGAGCAGAAGAUGAGAUCGUUUGAUAGUGUCAAAGGGAAAGAAAUCAAAGACCUCAGUGCUAUAACGUUUUAGCAGAUUGUGGAAUGAUGAUGCAAUAUCUUUGUUUCAGGCCUUUGACAAUGAACCACACUAUGUUAUGAUUUGCAAGCUCGUUCAGCGUCGCCUGGAUAACAGACUUCAUAAGCUAGGUUGAAAAUGAUCUUGUGUCUAUCAUGUUCAUCAACCUUCAAGAUAGGCAUCCUUCAUAAUCAAUAUAUUAGUAAAUCAUUUGAUGUGACUUUAAAACAGGAAAUUCUAACUGUAGACUAUUGCUAGAAUGGUUUAUAACCUGUGAAUGGCAUACUAA